GUUAAAUUGCAUUUACAAUCAAGAAAAUCGCGUACUUUCAUAAGAAAUUUCAGUUAAACCACUAUAAAUAUGACAAUGGGCGAUGAAACACCAUUAACAUCAUUAAUUUUGCCCGUAUUAAUACGCCCCAUUUUAUCUCAGUUGGAAAAGCAGGAUGUGUCAGCUUCACAAACGUUACGAGCAGCACUCACCAAGGCUGAAGCCUCACAUCCGGGGCUAACAUAUGACUUGGUUGUUGGCAUUUUAAAAAGGGGUGAACUUGCUGUUAAUAUGCAUGAAAGUAUUCUUCGAUUGCAGUCAGCAUCAGACACAGAUGUUGUUGAGUACAGACUAUCAAGGUCUGAAGAUGCAUUCCAAGAACUGAACAGAAAGUCUGCUUCAUUAAAAAGGAUAUUGAGCAGAAUACCUGAUGAAAUAACUGAUAGAAAAACAUUCUUGGAGACAAUCAAAGAAAUAGCGAGUGCCAUUAAAAAGUUGUUAGAUGCAGUGAAUGAGGUUGGAGCUUUUAUUCCGGGAUCAAUUGGCAAACAAGCUUUAGAACAGAGGAAAAGAGAAUUUGUCAAAUAUUCUAAAAGGUUUAGUAAUACACUGAAAGAAUACUUCAAAGAAGGGCAUGCUGAUUCAGUGUUCCUCAGCGCAUUGUAUUUGAUUCACCAGACAAACAUGAUAAUAUCAACAGUCAAACAUAAGUGCGAAUAGCACUAGAUGAUCUAAUCUAUUCCUUUAGUAUUUUCUUGACAGUUCAAAAUAAUUUUAUGUUUAUAGACCAGCAAAGAACAACAUUAGGAUGUGAUGGAUGCACUAUGCAGACAUUAAAAAUUGACUAACAGGUCUUUGUUACAAUUUUGUCUUGUAAUAUUUUGGUUAAGGAUGGUUAUGUAUAAGUGAUACGUUUUAAUGUAAUAUAAAAAUAAAGAUAUAUUAUAGUAUUAUUGUUGAAGUUAACACAGGUUGUGUUAGUUUAUAUAAAAUAAGUUGUACAUUAUUAUUAUAUUGAAAACUAAUAAAAUAUUAAAACCUGCAA